ACAGCGGCGUCGGGUCUAUCCGGGUCUAUCCGCGAACACGUGAGAACUCUCCAGAAACUGCUUUCUCCUCCACUUCAUCUCUCUCGCUUUCCCUCUAUAAAAAGACCCCUUCUAGGAAUUGAGGGAGACAGCAAGCAGCGAUCCGAAGCUCAAUCAAUUCACUCAAACCUCUUCCCCAAAUCUUCGAUUAGAUUCUCGUUGACAAGAAGACUAGAACCGAACCUGACCAUGUCGCUGAUCCGCCGCAGCAACGUGUUCGAUCCCUUCUCCCUCGACCUCUGGGACCCCUUUGAGGGCUUCCCCUUCGGCUCCGGCAACAGCAGCAGUCUCUUCCCCUCGUUCCCGCGGACCAGCUCGGAGACCGCGGCCUUCGCUGGCGCGCGGAUCGACUGGAAGGAGACUCCAGAGGCGCACGUGUUCAAGGCCGACGUACCGGGGCUGAAGAAGGAGGAGGUCAAGGUGGAGGUCGAGGACGGCAACGUCCUUCAGAUCAGCGGCGAGCGCAACAAGGAGCAGGAGGAGAAGACGGACACCUGGCACCGCGUGGAGCGGAGCAGCGGGAGGUUCCUGCGCAGGUUCCGACUGCCCGAGAACGCCAAGACGGAGCAGAUCACGGCCGCCAUGGAGAACGGCGUGCUUACAGUCACUGUGCCGAAGGAGGACGCCAAGAAGCCUGAAGUGAAGUCCAUUCAGAUCUCCGGCUAGACCUCGGUCUGCGGUCGUCGUACCUGCGUGGUUUGAGGAACGGCAGUUCGCCUCGGUCGUUCUGUGAAAUAAAAUUGGGUUACAAGAAUUAUGGCGUUUGUCAAUAUGGUCGUAAUGUCGUAGGAUGGUGGAAUGUGGUCACAAACUUUGCGUAUGUUGGGUCUACUUGUGGUGUCUGAAUCUAUGUAUGGAUGUCAUGAGUUUGUCUACUAGAGUUCUAGUUCCUGUGGUGUUCGUAUGAUGUAUAUCAUGAGUUAACUCUAUCUAAAAUUUCUUCAUUAUGGUAUUUUUAAG